CCAGCUAAUGUUAGCCGAGAAGGCUAACGUAACUAGCUAACGUAGAGUUUGUUGAUGAUUCUGCCUUUAACUUUGGAGAACGGGUUUAGGUGAGUAUGGGCAGCUUUGUAGCAGACCCGGAGAAAAAAGCUGCGGGCUUAUCUGAGCCGGGUGUGGUCCUCCGUUCGGUGCAUGACCCCACCGUGACCGGCGACCCCCGUGUGCUGCGGAACCUGAGGGCCCUGGAGGAGAGCAGCCGGGUGUCCCCCUCCUCCUUCAGCACAGUGCAGACAGACAUCCAGCCCUACAUGAGGAGAAUAGUCGCAGUGUGGAUGUUUGAGGUGUGUGAGGAGCAGCUAUGCGAGGAGGAGGUGUUCCCGCAGGCGGUGCACUACCUGGAUGGUUACCUGAGCCGUUUCUCCAUAAAGAAGACCCACCUGCAGCUUUUAGGUGCAGUUUGUUUGUUCCUGGCCUCCAAAAUGAGAGAGACUGUCCCCCUGACGGCCAGCAAGCUUUCCAUCUACACAGACAACUCUGUUUCUGUUCCAGACAUCCUGCAGUGGGAGGUGACAGUGGUGUCCAGGUUAGAUUGGUGUCUGGCCUCCGUUGUACCCUCUGACUUCCUGGAGCCCAUUCUUCAUGUUCUCCCUUUCGUUCGGGCCCCCCACCCUCAGAGCAUCCGGCGUCAUGUUCACUCCUAUGCGGCUCUGGCAGCCACGGACUGCAGGUUUUUGGACUUCCUGCCAUCUACUCUGACGUGUGCCUGUGUGAGCGCCGCCCUGCAGAGGCUGAAGGUGAUGGACAGAGGCGUCUCCUCAGAUUCAGUCAUGAAGGUUUUAGCCAAACUUUUGGCUGCCGACCUGAGCUCCAUCCUCCGCUGCUACGAGCUGCUGGYGAAUGUUCUGGAGCUCAACCUGACCUCCCAGGACGGCGCUGGGAGGUCAGACGCGRGCGGUUCAGGGAUCAGCUACGCUCCCACCCACAUCCAGGAUGUCGCGUUGACACGGCUUACAGGAAGUCCAGCUGAAGCACUCCUCCCUGCCGAGAAAGAACUCCAAUGAAUCAGACGUUUGUCAGCGAGAGACUAAAUAAAAACCUGAAAUUAGACACCGGUUCUUAGUGGUUUCCUUAAAUGAGUUUAGUCUGUUGACGCUGUUUAAAAAAAUGUUUUGCUGCUGCCAAUUUYCCUUUUCUAAUUGCCAAAGCAGCUUUGAAAUGUUCGUCUUUAGACUUGAUCAUCUACUUUUGUGAUACUGAAUUGCACUUAAGUUCUCUGUGAGCACAUUUUACUUCACUGUUUUUAUUUAUAGAUGGUAUUAAAUCAUUUCAUCAGAAGUUUCUACGUUUUUGGAUCAAACCAACACAAAUCUAUCCUGUUAAACAAGUUUAAAUGUGUGUGUGUGUGUGGGUCAUUUCUAACAUCAGCCAACACUUGAGUUCUUUGAUGUUUUCCUUUUUAUUGAUUUUCUUAUCCCAGGACAGAAGAGCAAACAAACACAUGAUAAACCAGUAACUUUGGCAAACAAGACAUGCAUAAAACUCCAAUAGCUUUACCUUUAGUGAGGUGAAAGAUAAAAAAAUUAAUGUCCAAAUGUUCAUUAAUUAAUUAAUUGCUGUGGAUUUUUUUUUGGAUGCAACAUUAUUAUAUUUGUAUUGUUUUAAUUGAUGUUCGAAUGAAAUAAAGUAUUAAAAAAUAUAUUAAAUGCGAUUUCCCAGAGAUCUGUUCACGAGUCAAACUUAAACAAAUGAUCAGUAAAGAGACAACGAGUUUCAUGCAUUCUGUCAUUUUCCAGUUUUACUAUAUUUUUAGGUUGAAUUUAAAUAUUUUGCACAUGUGCAGGCACUCAGUUCCAGAUGAGCCCCAGCAUGUCAAAACCUAACAGCAGUUAAUAAAAACAGUUAAUAACUUUGAGUUUUUAUAUCAGUAGUAUUGCAUGUGCAACAUUUAACUAAACCAGCUUCGAUGAUUUGUUACCAAAGUUUAACCUGCUCUGUAAGGCACAUUUAAAGACCAGAACAGUUCUGUUACAUUUGUUCCAUAAAAAUUCAAACCAAAAAAAAAUAUUAAUAAACUCAAAUGGCACCAAUGUUAAAAACUGCCUGAUAGCCAUAAAAAUGGUGUUUAAGAGCUUGUGAUUUUUAAAUUUUAGUAAUAAAGCCAAGUCACCAGUUAAACAAGUUUUUCUAAAUCCAGCUUUGUAGAAAACCUGAUGAUUGACCUUUAAAACGGAUUUCAAAUAUUCGUAAGAAAACAGAUUAGCUGACACUCUUCCCAUUUGCUGUUCAAAAAAACAAA